GAGGAGAAGGAGUACUUCGACAUCAAGCUCACGGGCUUCGACGCCACGGCCAAGAUCAAGGUCAUCAAGGAGGUGCGCGCGCUGACGGGCCUCGGCCUCAAGGAGGCCAAGGAGGCCGUCGAAGGCGCGCCCAGCGUGCUCAAGAAGGAGGUCAAGAAGGACGAGGCCGAGGAGAUCCUCAAGAAGCUCGUCGAGCUCGGCGCGACGGCGGAGCUCGAG